AGAUAACCAGGAUGCGCUUCCUGUGGGAGUGGCUGUGCUUGGGUGUCCUGAUAAUUAGCUCGGUGACUGCAAAAAUGGAAAAUGAAGAAACUCUGGAUGCAGAUGUUAAAGUGGAGGAUUUUGACAAGCAGUCUCAAGAAGCUGAUGUUGACAGAGAUAAAUCUUCCUUAGAGGUUGUGUAUCAGACUCCAAAGCCAACUGGGGAAGUGUAUUUUACAGAAACCUUUGAUGGAGUAUUGGCUGGGUGGGUGUUGUCUAAAACCAAGAAAGAAGACACAGAUGAUAACAUUGCUAAAUAUGAUGGAAGAUGGGAAGUAGAAGAGCUGAAAGAAAACACAGUGCCUGGAGACAGAGGAUUAGUGUUAAAAUCAGUGGCAAAGCAUCAUGCAAUAUCAGCUAUGCUAACAAAGGCAUUUAUUUUUGAUAAUAAACCUUUGAUUGUUCAAUAUGAAGUGAAUUUUCAAGAAGGCAUUGACUGUGGUGGUGCAUAUAUUAAACUUCUCUCCAGUAGUGAUGACUUGAAUCUGGAAUACUUUUUUGACAAAACACCUUAUACUGUUAUGUUUGGACCAGAUAAAUGUGGAGAAGAUUACAAACUACACUUUAUCUUCAGACAUAAGAAUCCUAAAACUGGAGAGUAUGAUGAAAAACAUGCAAAACGUCCUGAUGUAGACCUAAAAAAAUUCUAUUUGGACAAGAAGACGCAUCUAUAUACUCUAGUGCUAAAGCCAGAUGAUACGUUUGAAAUGCUAAUCGACCAAUCAGUUGUCAGUAAAGGAAGUCUUCUUGAGGAUAUGGUUCCUCCAAUAAACCCUCCCAAAGAAAUAGAUGAUCCUAGUGAUAAGAAGCCUGAUGACUGGGAUGAGAGACCAAAAAUACCUGAUCCAAAUGCUGUCAAACCAGAUGACUGGGAUGAAGAUGAGCCUUCCAAAAUAGAAGAUCCCGAUGCUGUUAAGCCUGAGGGAUGGCUUGAUGAUGAACCACAGUAUGUUCCAGACCCUAAUGCAAAAAAACCAAAGGACUGGGAUGAAGAAAUGGAUGGGGAAUGGGAAGCCCCUCAGAUCCCUAAUCCAAAGUGUGAGACUGCGCCUGGUUGUGGACACUGGGUGCGUCCCAUGAAGAGUAACCCAAACUAUAAAGGAAAAUGGAAAGCACCUAUGAUAGAUAAUCCUAACUAUCAGGGAAUCUGGAGCCCUCGGAAAAUACCAAACCCAGACUAUUUUGAAGAUCUUCACCCAUUCAAGAUGACCACUGUCAGUGCUAUUGGUUUAGAACUCUGGUCUAUGACAUCUGAUAUCUACUUUGAUAACUUCAUUAUAUGUUCAGAAAAAGAAGUAGCAGAUCGUUGGGCAGCAGAUGGCUGGGGCUUGAAGAAAUUAGUAGCAAGUGCUAAUGAGCCCGGUAUGUUUAGUCAACUGGUGACUGCUGCAGAAGACCACCCAUGGCUCUGGAUUCUUUACGUCUUGACGUUAGCUCUCCCUGUUGGUCUAGGUGUGUUGUUCUGCUGGCCAGCAAAGAAAACAGAUGAAGAUAUUGACUUCAAAAAACCUGAUAUAUCUAAGCAAAUUACAAAGGGAGAACUAAAACAAGAGAGAGAGGAGUUAGAAGAUGAUGAAAUAGAAUUAGAAGAAGAAAAAGAAAAUGAAGAUACUGCUGAAGAUGGUAAGAUGAAGAGAAGAGAAAUGGAGGAGACAAAAGGAGAGCUUAUAAAGGAUACAAAGAAGAUGGGAAGGGAGGCUUCUCCUUCAGAAGAUGAGGGUGAAGGUGGUGAAGAUAUUGAUGAUGAAGAAGAGAAUGAAGUUGCAGAUGGAAGUCAAGAAGAAGGUGAUAAGUCAAAUAAAUCUGGUUCAGAAGAUGAGAUGAAAGAAGCUGAUGAAAGCACAGGUUCCAGAGAUGGUUCACUGAAAUCAGUGCGCAAAAGAAGAGUACGAAAGGACUGAGUUACUUCCAGCUAGUAUUUGUAGGUCUAGAUAAUAGUAACUUUUGGUAUGCCACUUCAGUGGGCCUGACAGCAUGCAAGCUCCUGAGAUUUGAAGGAAAAAGG